AGAUCAUGUUUUUCAUUUAUACUUCAUAAUUAUAUUUACAAUGCACACCAACACAAAGUUACGAGAUUUGUUCCAGUCAAUAUUCCAAUCUUUCUAUAAAGUAGAUCAAAUAGAUUAGUGUGUAUGUGUGAUAAUGUGAAGUAUUUUUUUUUAAACUGUGCCUGUGAAUAGCGAGAAGUGCGAUACAAAUAAAUGAUGGCAUUUGCAUAAUAUAUUAACAGCGGAAUAGGAAGCAGAAAAGUUAGUGCCACCACCGGUAAUAUUAUACCGUUCUCUGAAACGAUUAUGUGACAAUCUUUAGUAUAACAUCAAAAACAGCCAUUAUGAUCAAGUAUCGACGUAACUUUUCGGGGUUAUGUUUACGAGUAGUUGUAUUAUUAAAUUAUUUUUAAUGCAAUAAGUCGUAAUCCAAAGAUCUACCGCAACUUUUUUACAACAAAAAAAGCUCGACGACUAAUGCAAUAAACUUGAACCAGUCUCAAGUGAUUUUAGUCAUUUGCAGGAAUUUUAUUCCACAUGAAUCUUCACUCCCCUUCGACGUUUUCAGCUCGCAGGAGAUCCCACUUAGCGUCGAUCAAAAAAUUAUGUUUAAACGUUUCCUGCACGAAUUACGAGAUAAGGAUUCUAGAAUGAGGAGUGUUGUCAUCAUGUAGAGUUUGUUGGUAAAAGAUGAUGACCAAUGUAAUUCCCUUGUCACCAACGAGACGACGCCUUUUGAUUGUAAUUUUUAUAAUUCUGGUGCCAUGGAUUUUAAGUUUUUUGUCGUCGCCAGACGUGCAGGACGAGAUAGUAUUACAAAACAGUAUAGCAGAAUUGCAGGCAAAAUUAGAGCAUCUUCACUCCAAAUACAUCAGCAGUCAGGAGGAAAUUCAACUGGUGACUCAUCAGUUGAUCCAAUUGUCGGAAAACAAUCACAUCCUGCCAGAUUUUCAAUUCUACAUGAAUAGCAGCAUGCCAAACAUGACAAGCAUAAAACUACCAUCAAUCUACAGCUUCCUACCUCAUUUUUUAAAUGAUCCAAAUAGCUUGAGACCUGCUUUUGUUCAGAGCAAAGGGAGAUCUAGCGUGAGCAUGGUUCUUGGACUUCCAACUGUAAAACGAGAGGUACAGAGUUAUUUGCUAGCAACGCUCAAGAACUUGCUAGAUCGCAUGACACCAGAUGAGACUGCUGACACACUUAUUGUAGUUUUAGUUGCUGAGAGUGAUAUCGAUUUCGUUAGUUACACUGCGAAACAAAUUGAAGUACAGUUUCCAGAGGAAUGCGAAUCUGGAGUAAUAGACGUGAUAUCUCCAUCCUCCUCUUACUAUCCCGAUUUAUCAAAAUUAAGAGACACCCUCGGCGACGAUCAUCAACGCGUGGUAUGGAGAUCAAAGCAAAAUUUGGAUUUUGCAUUCCUCAUGUCCUAUGCCCAAACAAAAGGAACCUUUUACGUUCAACUCGAAGACGACAUCUUAGCGAAGAAGAACUUCAUUUCGACGAUGAAAUCUUUCGCUCUGCAGAAAAUUAGUUCCAGGGAACACUGGUUUGUUCUGGAUUUUUGCCAACUGGGCUUUAUCGGGAAACUGUUCAAAUGUGCGGAAUUGCCUUGGCUGGUUCAAUUUUUCCUCAUGUUUCAUAACGACAAACCCGUCGACUGGCUGCUGGAUCAUUUAAUUUCGACAAAGGUUUGCAGUCUUGACAAAGACACUAAACAUUGCAAGAUUGCCAAAGCACAGUUAUGGAUGCAUUACAAACCUUCACUCUUUCAGCAUAUCGGCACUCAUUCCUCCUUGAAGGGAAAAGUUCAGAAACUGAAGGACAAGCAGUUUGGAAAGAUAACUCUCUUCUACUCCCACGUAAAUCCAGACGCGACAGUCGAAACGCAGAUCAAACCUUAUAAACAAUUCACGUUGUAUAAAGCUUACAAGGGUGAAACCUUUUUUUGGGGACUUUUGCCACAGCCUGGAGAUCAUUUGAAAUUUAAAUUCACUCGUCCUAUUUUUAUAAAGAAGUAUUUAUUCAGAAGUGGAAAUCCUGAGCACCCAUCGGACAAAUUUUACAAUACGACAGUUGAGAUUCUCCCUGAUUCCUUGGCUGCUUUAAAUAGAAAUAAUAAUAACGUAACAGAAGAUGGAUAUAUUAUUGUAGGAAAAUUCGAUGCUCUCGGAAUUGCCCUCGGCACUGUGGACAAAAGUUUGGGAAGGGUUGCAGUACUCCGUUUAACUGUUCACAGUGAAAGUGAAAACUGGGCCAUUUUAUCUGAAAUCCUAAUCGAAGAAGACUCACCCAGCUGACACAGUACUCUAAGGAAGUGUUCAAGAUUUAAGCUUCGAUAUUCGCAAAGAAUAUAAUCCAUAAAGAAAGUUGAUGGACCCCCAAUAUUAUUGCUGUGCCUUUUCUGUUGUAAAAGUAGGCCACGAUAGCAUUAACGAUGUGAUAAAUGUAAAAUUGUAACUUAUUUCAAAUGAAUCUACGGAACUAUUGCUCUCUAUUUAACACAUUUAAAGAAUCUCUAAAAGACGUUUUUAGAUCAGCUCUAGAUCUUCAAGUUGACGUCUAAAUAUUUUAUCUAUCGCUGUUAUACUCUUGAAUAAUAUAUGGAACGACAAAGGUAAUAUUUCAUUACCUCUGUAUUUUUAUGUUAAUUUACCACCACGUUAUCAAUUGCAACAUGACAAUUUUUUAUCGAUUGACUAUCACUCUGCGAAAUGUAUGUUGUGCAAUCACCUUCAGCCAGUUGGUCAGCGUUUGAUGUUUACAUGUCAUAAAUAUUGAUAAGUCGAGUUUAAAAUGCAUUACCAACCCUGGCAAGUGAGACUUAAUUUUUAUUUGCUCUCUAGUUUUGAAAAAUAUACAUUUUAUGGGAUUA